CAUUUCUUACCCCUCCCCCGCUCUCUUCUUCUUUCUUUCUUCUCUAAUUCAGUCAUUACCUUAAUCCUUCUGAAUUGCUCGAUAUCCACUUCCCAAAUCUUUCACUAUGGCCAGCAAGACCUACAACGUGGGCGUCAUAGGCUAUGGCAUGUCCGCCAAGGUCUUCCAUAUCCCCCUGAUUCAAGUCACGCCAAGCUUCAACCUUCACUCUAUUGUCCAGCGAACCCCCAAGCCCAACGACGAUGCUGCCAAAGACCACCCCUCCGCGAAGAUAUACCACUCCGCUGACGAAAUGUUCGCCGACCCCUCAAUCGACAUUAUCGUAAUCACCACUACGCCCGACACCCACUUCCACUUCACGAAAUCUGCCCUCGAGUCCGGCAAGCACGCACUUGUCGAGAAGCCUUUCGUCCCCACAUCUGCCGAAGCGCAACAACUCAUUGAUAUUUCCGAGAAGACUGGGAAGCUGAUUUGCGUAUACCAGAAUCGACGAUGGGAUACGGAUUUCCUGACUGUGCAGCAGCUGAUCAAGGAAGAUAAACUGGGUCGCGUAGUGGAAUUCGAGACGCAUUUCGAUCGCUAUAAACCAGAGCGGCCAGCUACCUGGAAGGGGACGCUGGGCAUGGAUCAAGCCGGAGGAGUGAUUUAUGAUCUCGGGACACAUUUAAUCGAUCAGGCGUAUGUGUUGUUCGGUAUGCCACAGAGCGUGGUGGGAGUUUUUGCGAAUCAGAGGAACGAUGGUUUCCAGGAACCGGAUUCUAUAACUGUGUUACUGAGUUAUGGAAAUGAUGGACCGCUGGUGACUGCCAAAGCGGGAGUGCUCUGCGUCGAAACUGAACAGUUGAGAUACUGGGUUCGAGGUUCCAAAGGCAGUUUCAAAAAGUAUCACUUGGAUGUACAAGAAGAUCAAUUGAAGGCUGGCCUGAAACCUGGGGAUAGUGGAUUCGGCAUCGAGAGUGAUGCGGCAUCAGGGAACUUGGUGGUAUAUGAGGACGGCAAGCCUGUUGGAAGGAAGCAUAAGAACGUGGAACCGCUAACAUAUGCUACUCUCUAUGAAGGGUUCAAGAAGGCAAUCGAGGGGGGCGGAGCGGCCGCUGUGCCCGUCAAGGCGAGCGAAGCUAGAGAUGUGUUGAAGAUUAUUGAGGCGGCGAAGGAGAGCGCGCGGACUGGGAAGACAGUGAAGUUGUAA